AUGAAGAGUCUACAUGCCUCUUCUGUGGAUAGUUUGCUGAACUUUGUACACAACUCGUCCGAUCAUUCCACACCACUUCUCAUCAGAAAACCGCUUCACGAUAACGGUGAAAGGAAAAACGUGCGAUUCGCAGAUAAUCUGGAACAAACUGUUUCCACUAUCAGUCGCGACGAUCUCUCCAAAGAAGAGAUUGAAAGUUAUUGGCUCAAUAGAGUGGAGAUGUGGGAUAUUGAAUGUGAAAAAGAAAGGAUCGUCGAAAUGAUCGACUAUAGCCUCCCCAAAGAAAAGGGCACUAGUUAUCGUGGCCUGGAAAUUCACUCUGGUGGCGGGAUCUUCCGCAAAAAGAUCAUAGACCGGCAUUUCAAUGCAGUAUUUUUCACCCAAGAGGCCCAGAAACAAAAACAAAAGGAACAUUGCGACGAAGAGUUGGCUCGCUCAUGUGAAGAAACAUCCAAAGAAAGCCUCCGAUUGGCCCGUCAAUUUGGUUUGAAGGACCAAAAGGAUGCACAAAAAUUUUUGUGCCGUGCAUAA